AUGCUUUUCGACCGAAUCUGGCACCCUCGAUCACCAAUACUGCUCGACUCUCCUUCUCUAGAGUCUGAAAUACUCCCUGCUGGGGAACGGAAAUUCGCCAUUAUUCUCCCUGUCGAUGACUCCAGCCAUGACCUCUGUAAGGUCGUUAGCAGUAUUAUCGCCUUGGGUUACCCCCCGCCUAUUCUUGUUAACUGGAAACGAGACUUUCAUACCGAUACUGAUGGGAUUGGUCCGUCGCAGCUGGCCAAGAUCACAGGUACCCUCAGCUAUCUCGAGUGGGCAAUGAGCCAAGACGCACCUGAGAGGCUGGGCGAUAGCGAUCUGGUUCUAAUGCUAGACGGCCAUGAUAUCUGGAUGCAAUUACCUCCGAGCGUCCUUCUUUAUCGAUACUUCAAAACCAAUCAACAAGCCAACAAGCGACUCAUCGAUAGGUACGGCUUCAACAAGGGCCUACUGCAGACGAUUAUUAUCUCGGCCCAGAAGGGUUGCGUCGCCCCACGCGAUACCAUCUCCAACCUUUACUGCCAGGAUCUACCUGAGAGUCCUCUCCCCCCCAACGUCUUCGGCUUCUUUACGGACUAUAAGAUCGGGAGAUGGAAAUAUAUGCGGCCUAAGUUUGUCAACAGCGGCAGCUUUAUAGGCCCCAUAGGCGAUAUGCGUCGGUAUUUUCAGCGCGUGAAGGAUAAGAUGGAUAGGGAUCUUGAUGAGAUUUCAUCAAGUAAGGACCUCGGUGGUGAUCAGGGCAUCUUUGCUGAGGUAUUUGGUGAGCAGGAGCUAUGGCGACAACACAUUAGUGGGACCAAGGCGGCGGUUAUACCGUCACCAAGCGAACUUGAGUACCACCUUGGUCUUGACUACACACAAGAGCUCUUCUACCCGACCUGCUACUCGGAGGAAGAUGGCUACUUUGUGCCUAUAGACAACCCGAGCGCCAUAGAGAGAGAGUCAAGCAAAGCGGGUGUCUCGCCACCGAGGAUAUGGGGUAUUCCCACAGACAUCUACAGGGAGGCCGAUAACCCGCUCGCCAAGCUAUCCGACGCGUCCAAGAAGGACCUCACCUGGGGUGAAGUGCCGCUAUAUAUUGACUUCUGGACGACAGCGAUUCCCGUAGCGAUACACCAUAACGCCUGGAGGAAUGGUCUUAAAAAUCGCCGAAUAACAUGGUGGGAUAAAACAUGGUACUUCCCAUAUCUACGGGAUCUGCUCAAGGUGCAGAUGCAGGCCAACGGCACAAUAGAGCCCCUCGCCACGCUCGAUGCCAAGAACGGAAGCCUUCAGAUCUGGCCGUAUGGUGAGGGAGGGCCUAAGGCGUCCCUACUGUUCGGUAGGAACAAGGAGACGAAGAGGUGGCAGCUGCAGCCGGCAGACUGGAAUACGGUCUGUAGAAGCAACAACAACGCGACGGCCGAAGCCAAGGCUGAGGCUCACUGGUAUGAUGAGGUUUUCCGGGAUGGCAAGGGGUCAUUUUAG